UCAGUUCUUCUAACCUAUUAUAGUAAGUACAUGGCCCUUUUUGUUAUUUUAGUUCCUGGACCUCCAGUAUCUUUAGCUGGAGAAAGAGUUGGCUCUGCAGGAAUUCUCCUUUCCUGGAAUGUACCACGAAACCCAAAUGGGAAGAUCCUAGCCUACUAUGUCAUUUUCAGAGAAGUUUGUCCAUGGAUGCAGUCCAUUUAUACCCAAGCAGCAACAAAACCUGACAGUCUGGAAGUUCUUUUGACAAGCUUGACCCCUGGAACAACAUAUGAAAUAAAGGUGGCUGCAGAAAACAGUGCUGGCAUUGGAUCAUACAGUGAAUCUUUUCUAUUUCAGACUGCAGAAAGUGCUCCAGGAAAGGUUGUGAACUUGACAGUUGAAGCAUUAAAUUCUUCAGCAGUAAAUCUUACAUGGUUUUUACCAAGGCAACCACAUGGAAAGAUAACUAGCUUCAAGAUCAGUGUAAAACAUGCAAGAAGUGGAAUAAUAGUAAAAGAUACCACUGUGAAGGUUGAAGAUAUUUUGAAUGGAGCAUUGCCAGAAUGCAAUGAUAAUAGAGAAUCUUUUCUGUGGAGUACAACAAGCCCCUCAUCAACUCGUGGUCAGUCCACAACCACUUCCCCAUUUGUAUCAAGAACUGCUACCUCUCCAUCAUUUAAUUCUAUCUGGAAUGAACCUAUCACCUUCAUUGUGGCCCAGCUAAGACCAUACACAACCUACUUGUUUGAAGUUUCAGCAGUUACCAGUGAGCCUGGAUACAUUGAUAGCACCAUUGUUAGGACUCCAGAAUCAGUCCCAGAAGAUCCACCACAGAAUCUUGUCAAGGGAAACAUCACAACACGCUCUUUCUCGGUGAUUUGGGAUGCACCCACCAUUGUGACAGGAAAAUUUAGCUACAGAGUUGAGCUGUAUGGUCCAGCAGGUCACAUCCUGGACAACAGCACAAAAGAUCUCAGGUUUACAUUUACCAACCUUACACCAUUCACCACCUAUAAUGCAUACAUCAGCGGGGAAACCAGCGCAGGUGUUGGGCCAAGAGCCAACAUAUCAGUUUUCACCCCAGCAGAAGUACCUGGUACAGUUUAUGAUUUAAAUGCAACAGCGAUUGACGCCUAUUCUAUAACCGUAUGUUGGAGAAAACCUCAGCAACCAAAUGGCAACAUCACCCAAUACAGAGUUAAGACUUCAGUAGACGAUUCAGGAGUGGUCAUUGAAAAUGUUAUCCUAAAAGAAAAUGAUCAGUUCUCAGAUAAUCUGACCACUCCCACAUCAAGUUAUAUCUCUCAAACCCCUGUUGAUGGACUUGCCAGAGAAGCUGGAACUUAUGAAGGUUCAGCAGAGUUUUCUCCCACAACCCAGUCUAUGUCUUCAGUGAUAUUUCAUACAAAUACGAAUGACAACUCAGUUAUUAAAACUAUAAUUUAUUUGAUCGACAUUCGUGCUGAACAGUUAUUUCACACUAUUGGGAAUCUUACUCCGUACACUGAGUAUUUAAUUAGCGUUUCUGCUUUUACCACUGUUGGUGAGGGGCCCCCAGCUGAAAAAGUGGUCAGGACGGGUGAACAAGUUCCCAGCGCAGUGCAGAAUGUGAUGUAUGAAAGUGUUAAUUCAACAACUGUAAAGCUCUCUUGGCAUCCUCCACUGCAUCAAAAUGGAAUAAUCACCAAUUAUACCAUAUAUGUAAUGGUAGUGAAUUCAACCAAAGCUUUGGCGAAAACAACUACAGAUACGGAAAUCCUUAUUACAGAUUUGAAAAAAUUCACAGAAUACAAAAUGCGGAUAACUGCUUCUACAUCAGCAGGGGAAAGUAAUUCGUCAGAACAAAUUGACAUUUUUGUCAAAACCCUUGAAGAUGUACCAGGAUCUCCACCCCACAACCUAAGUUUAUUAGGUGUUAAUUCAACUGCCAUUACUUUGGCCUGGUCUCCACCUUUAGAACCCAAUGGAAUUAUUACUCACUAUGAAGUAAUUUACACACAUUCUACAGACUUGUUUACCCAAAGUACAAUAUCGACAAGUUUAUCUUUGACGGAUUUAUAUCCUUAUACAUUAUAUAAUAUUUCAGUUCGAGCUUACACCAGAUUUGGACAUGGAAACCAAACAACAGAUGUGCUUUAUGUAACAACAUCAGAAACUGCUCCAAGCAGCCCGCCAUAUAAUUUGUCCUACAUGAGUAUUUCUUCUACAGAAGUGUUAAUUGAAUGGCAACCACCAUUGUUUGCAAAUGGAAUUAUACAAUUUUACAACAUUACCUACUGGAAUACAUCACAUUUCCUAACAAACAUGAGCAACGAUUCACAGGUUGUUUUAUCUGACCUUAAAAAAUUCUCACAGUAUCAAGUUGCUGUAUUGGCUUAUACAGUAAAUGGCAAUGGAAAUCAAACAAGUGAUAUUUUGAACAUGACAACUUUAGAAGAUGUUCCUGACAGUGCACCAGAGAAUAUCAAAUAUACAAAUAUAUCCUCUACAGAAAUAGAAGUUUCAUUUUCCCCCUCCUUAAUACCAAAUGGAAACAUAAUGUAUUAUACAAUAUACAUAAUAUGGGAAAAUGAGACAAUGGAGAGGGCCAUGUAUACCACAAACAUUAAAGAAAGAGUUACAGGCCUAAAGAAGUAUACAUCAUAUUUUCUGUCUGUGUCUGCAAGUACUAUUAAAGGGGAAGGCCUUCGCAGUGUGCCUCAAGUCAUUACUACAGAUGAAGAUGCACCAUCAUCUCCUCCUCGAUCCCUCACUUUUAAACAGCUAUCUGGUAUGACUAUGGAAUUGUCAUGGGAACCACCUCUGGAGCCAAAUGGAAUUAUACUAAACUACACAGUUUAUAUUUGGAAUGAUAUAUCAAACAACACAAUAACUGUGGAGAAGACUUUCGCUGAGCUGGAAAACUUGGAAACAAACAAUGAAUAUAAUGCAUAUGUAACAACAAGUACCCGAUUUGGGGAUGGAAACAUAAAAAGUGUUACCAUUCAAUUUAGGACAUCAGAGGGAGCUCCAAGUGACCCUCCAAGCAAUGUUUCAUACAAGAAUAUUACUUCUGAUUCAAUAAUGGUUUUCUGGACACCACCUUCCAAACCCAAUGGAAUUAUCCAAUACUAUUUAGUGUACUACAGAAAUAUGACUGACACCUACUUUAAAAACUUUACGUCUGAGGAAAUUAUUUACUCUUCUGAUAAUGAACAGCAAUGGGCGAUUGUUGGUGGUUUGGCUAAAUUUAGCACCUACAAAUUCUGGAUUACUGCUAGCACAGUAUUUGGAGAUGGCAAUCAAACAAGUGAAAAGAUUGAUGUUAAUACUGAUGAGGAUGUUCCAGAAUCUGGUCCAGUUAUAAAUGGCUGCAUUAACCAAACAUCUGCGUCAUGUUUCUUAACCUGGGAUCCUCCACUGAAGCCAAAUGGCAUUAUAACUAAUUAUUCUUUGGAACUUUAUGGACUGCAGGGAAACCACACAUUGUCUACUUCUGAUACUUUUAUCCCUUUAGAAGAUCUAACACCUUAUACCCAAUUUAUUGUGUCUAUUGCUGCAACAACUAUUAAGGGAACAGGGCCUUCAAAUCAGUUUGCCUUUCAGACCAAUGAAGCAGAGCCUUCAAUGCCUCCACAGAACUUGACUUUUAUCAAUGCCAGCGAUAGUACUGCAUGGUUACACUGGAGCCCAAGCCCAAAGCCUAAUGGGAUUGUGCUUGUGUACAGUUUCAAAAUUGUGGAAAAUGGCAGCGAAUUAGAGUUUUAUCAGAACUUAACAGGCAAGCAAACCGAAGGGCAACUCACUGCUCUGGAACCUUUUAAGACAUAUUUUGCCAGUGUUUCAGCUUUCACAAAAUUUGGUAAUGGGAAUCAGUUUAGCAACAAUAUCAGUUUCACAACAAUGGAAUCUGUUCCAGGAAUUGUCCAGAACAUCAUAUGCAUUGCAACUAGUUAUCAAUCAGUUUUGAUUCGGUGGGACCCCCCUUUACAACAGAAUGGAAUGAUCAGUCAUUAUAACAUAACAUCUAAUGACAACACCGUAAUGGUAACAUCUGAAGAUCAAGUGUACACUUUUAGAGAAUUGCUCUCCAAUACAACAUACUCUUUUAAAAUCUAUGCUGUUAAUGCUGCUGGUAAAGGACAAGAACAGGAAUGCAAUGUUACUACAAAAUCUGAAGAAGCUGCAGAUGGACCACCACAAAACAUAACAAUAACAGCAACAUCACAGAGUCUCAAUAUCAGCUGGGAAGAACCUUUAAUCAUCAAUGGGCCUACUUCAUUUAUGAUCAAUGUAUCCUCGGUUAAAAGCGAAGAGUACAGUAAAGUUUUCAUAAAGCUAAGUAAUGAAAGUAAAACCCUGGAAGUCACUGGUCUGAAGCCAUUUACCAAUUAUUCUGUAAUAGUUACAGCCUUCACUGGGACCUCUUAUUUAGCAUACACUGAAGGAAUAUCAAGUAGUGUGGUGAUUGUCACAACUCUUGAAGCAGUGCCGACUGACCCCCCUACAAAUAUAGAAAUCCAGAAGAUUCCAAAUGAUGUUACAAAGGUUCAGAUGACCUUCAUUCCACCAUCUGAACCCAAUGGAAAGAUUCAGUAUCAAGCAGUAGUUUACAAGGAAGAUGAUCCUAAACAAAGUCAGAUUCGGAAUCUAAGUAUUAUAAAAAAUAAGAAUAAUUCUAUAACGGCAGUAAUAGAUGGCCUUAAAGGAGGAUACAACUACAGUAUACGUAUAUAUGCAGUAAAUGGAGCUGGAGCAGGACCUAAUGCUACACAGAUGAGAAUCACUACAGAUAUUAGAGAACCGCCCCGGCCUGCUGAGCAGCCAAAGCCUGUGCUUAACCCCAGUGGAAGUUUAAUAGUAACCGCAACUACAUUUACCAUUAAGAUGCCCAUAUGUUACUUUAGUGAUGAUAAUGGGCCAAUAGAAUACAUCCAGGUUGUUGUUUCAGAGGUAGAAGCUCAACAUGAUAUGAAUAUCAGCAGGUGGCAUGAAGCCUAUCACAAGAAACCAAAGCCAUAUUUUACAAGUGAUGGUUUUCCAAACCCAUCAUGCCCCAACAUUCGAACAUCUGAUGAAUAUAUCAUUGGAGCUAAUGAUUCUUGUUUGACCAUGGACGUUAAAGACAGAUUCUGCAAUGGACCAUUGAAGCCAAGAAAACAGUACUUGUUUAAAUUUCGUGCAACCAAUAUAAAAGGCCAAUAUACAGAUUCUCCAUAUUCAAUGAUGGUCCAAACAUUAGAUGACGGACUAUCACAAACACAGGUUGAAAUAAUCUUGUCUGUUACUCUAUGUGUGCUUUCUGUUAUUCUGCUCGUGGGAGCCAUUUACGCCUUUGCAAGGAUUAGACAGAAGCAGAAGGAAGGCGGUACCUACUCUCCAAGGGAUGCAGAAAUAAUUGAUACUAAAUUCAAGCUUGAACAGUUGAUCACAGUGGCAGACUUGGAACUGAAGGAUGAGAGAUUAACACGGCCCGUAAGUAAGAAAGGUUUCUUACAACAUGUCGAAGAGCUCUGCACAAAUAACAACCUAAAGUUUCAGGAAGAAUUUUCGGAACUCCCAAAAUUCCUUGAAGAUCUUGCUGUAUCGGAUGCUGAUCUGCCCUGGAACAGGUCGAAGAAUCGAUUUACAAAUAUAAAGCCAUAUAACAAUAACCGGGUAAAGCUUAUAAUGGAUGCUGGUGUACCUGGAUCAGAUUACAUCAAUGCUAGCUAUGUGUCUGGAUACAUUUGCCCAAAUGAGUUUAUUGCAACACAGGGACCUUUGGCUGGCACCGUGGGAGAUUUCUGGAGAAUGGUUUGGGAAACUAGAGCAAAAACCAUUGUGAUGCUUACUCAGUGUUAUGAGAAGGGAAGGAUGAGAUGUCACCAAUACUGGCCAGAAGAUAACAAACCAGUUACUGUUUUUGGAGACAUUGUUAUCACAAAAGUAACUGAAGAUGUUCAAAAUGACUGGACAACUCGUGAAUUGAAAGUUGAAAGGCAUGGAGACUUUAUGAUGGUGCGGCAGUGUAACUUUACUUCUUGGCCAGAGCAUGGUGUACCAGAAUCCACUGCUUCAUUAAUGCAUUUUGUAAAGAUGAUUCGAGCCAACAGGCCGCAUGAAAAUACACCGACAAUUGCACAUUGCAGUGCUGGAGUUGGAAGAACUGGUCUUUUUGUUGCACUUGAUCAUUUAGUUCAACACAUCAACCAUCAUGAUUUUGUGGAUAUUUAUGGUCUUGUAGCAGAAUUAAGAAGUGAAAGAAUGUGUAUGGUACAAAACCUGGCACAGUACAUUUUUUUGCACCAGUGUGUUGUGGACUUAUUAGCAAGCAAAGGUAGCAGCCAGCCGAUUUCUUUUCUUAACUAUUCUGCACUUCAAAAAAUGGACUCUUUGGAUGCCAUGGAAGGUGAUGUUGAACUUGAAUGGGAAGAAACAACUAUGUAAUCUUGGUUGAAAUACGAAUGUCAAGUUUUUUGGCACAAGGGCCAACAAACUUCUCUUCCGCGGACCAGAACUGAGAUAUCAGAUAAGGAUGACAAAUUGUUUCACUUAUUCCUGUGCCUUAAACAAUGGAUGGCAGUAAUUUCAUGUGUGCUCGGAAAAACCAAGAACAUUUAGGUUAUUUUGCACUGCUAUAAUAUAAGAAGGGUAAUUUGUUAUUUGAAGCAAUUUUUAAAAAAUGUUAUCUUUCAAAAGAUAAACACAAAGCCAAAUUUGAUGGGAAAACAUUACUGUCCUCUGUGUGGAUGUUUCCUUAAUGGCACUGAUAUCUUUUUGUUUGCAUAUGCGGCAUAAAAAAUGUAAGAAAAUAUCUUCUAAUGGUAAAUAUAAAUAUAUAUUUAUAUAAGAUAUAACCUUCUGUUUUAUGAGUGUUGGGUUAUUAUUCUCUGAUCCUGAACAGCUGAGCACUCACCCUGUGACAUUGUUGAAAUAACUUUGGCUUUUGCACAGUAGCUCUUUCCGAACACCAAAGGCUAUUCAAGAUAAAUUGUGGCAACCCUUUUAUUGUUUUUAUUCCAUAACAAUGUGUG